AAAUAGACUCUUGCCAGAAAAGAAAUCGCCAGAAGAACUUUGUCCAGCGUGGAAGCAGUUGGCUCACAAGGACACAAAGAGGCCACUUGUCUUUCACAGGGCCUGCAUUUAUGAUUUUAUGUGAAAAUGUCUAGGAGGAAAAAAUCAUUUGUUUCAAAACCCACAAAGAACGAAGAUGAUGAAAGAAAAUACAAGGAAACAAAUGAAGUCACUGGUUUGACCUAUAGAGAGAUGGCAGACACCGAUGAACCAUGGUAUCAAACCGGCAGCUUGGCAGCUUCGGAAUAUUAUCUGCGCCCUCCCGACUUCAACCAAAGCAAUGGCCAAAAGAGCUUUUGCCAGAAAUAUUCCUCAAGCUUAAAAAAUAUUAUUCCCUUCCGCCCUCGAGCAAGAUCUUCUGCAAAUCCAGUGGACGAUGCCGGGCUCAUCUCAUUUGCAACAUUUUCUUGGCUUUCGUUCCUGAUGUUCAGAGGGUGCAAGCACAGCAUUGACGUUGCCAGCUUGCCUCCGCUGUCCUGUCACGAUAGUUCAGAAACAAACGCCAGAAGGUUUCGACUCCUUUGGGAAGCGGAGUUGGCCAAAGCAGGCCCCGAGAAGGCUUCUUUAGUCAGAGUGGUGUUAAGAUUUCAGAGGACAAGAAUAUUGGUGGAUGUCAUAGCAAAUGUCGCUUGCAUGAUUUUUGGUGCCUUGGGACCGACGGUGCUCAUUUACAACAUCCUCCAGUACAGUGAAAGUGGCUCCCGGGACCUGGUCCGAGGCAUUGGCCUCUGCGUAGCACUAUUUCUGACCGAGCUUUUCAAAGUCCUGUUCUGGGCCUUGGCAUGGGCAGUCAACUACCGCACCGCCAUCCGAUUAAAAGUGGCCAUUUCUACAGUUGCCUUUGAGAAACUGCUGACAUUCAAAUCUAUGUCACACAUCUCAUUUGGUGAAGUGAUCAACCUAUUAGCCAACGACGGCUAUCGGAUGUUCGAAGCGGCCUUGUUUUGUCCCCUGCCAGUUGCCGUUCCUCUGCUGAUGCUCGUUUGCUCCAUCUAUUCUUGCAUCAUCCUUGGUCCCACGGCGCUCAUAGGAACAUUGGUCUAUAUUGUGUUCAUACCCAUACAGAUGUCCAUGGCCAAGCUUACCUCUGUAUUCCGAAGAGCUGCCAUUCUGGUGACGGAUAAGCGCGUGCGAAUAAUGAAUGAGAUUUUGACAUGCAUUAAGCUGAUCAAAAUGUAUGCUUGGGAGAAGUCUUUUGCAAAAGCUGUCAAAGGCAUUAGGAGAGCAGAGAGGAAAAUACUGGAAAAAGCAGGCUACGUUCAAAGCGUGAACUCUGCCCUGACCCCAAUCGUGUCCACCUUAUCCAUCGUCAUGACGUUUUUCAUCCAUACCCUUUUAAACCUGGAACUCACCGCUUCUGUUGCCUUCAGUGUGAUUGCGAUGUUUAACGUAAUGAAGUUUGUCAUUGCCAUUUUGCCAUUCUCUGUGAAAGCUGCAGCGGAAGCAGCUGUUUCUUUGAAAAGAUUGAAGAAAAUUUUGGUUACUCAGAUUCCUCCACCCUAUGUGAUCAGUUUGAAGGGUUCCCCAAAUGCCGUGGUCCUGGAAGAUGCCACAUUGCGUUGGGGAAGUUCUUCCAGUGAAUGCAGCCCGAAAGGGGUCAAGGAAGCAACCCGGAGUGUCACUUCUGCCACUGAAUGCUGUGCCAAAAGGGGCAAGGGAACCACCCUGAAUGGGAACAGCAUCUGCAAAGAUGAAGCUGUGCCAAAACCGGUCACGUCUCCCUCUCAGAUAACAAUCGUUGGGAAGGAGAACAGCAGUUCCUUUGCUUUGCGCAAUCUAAAUUUUACAGUAGCCAAAGGCAAAAUCUUGGGGAUUUGUGGAAACGUUGGAAGUGGGAAAAGCUCGGUCAUCGCAGCAAUAUUGGGGCAGAUGUAUCUCCAAAAGGGAAGAGUUGCUGUGAGUGGUUCCUUGGCUUACGUGUCACAGCAGGCAUGGAUAUUUCACGGAACUGUCAGAGAAAAUAUCCUUUUUGGAAAACCUUACAAUGAACAAAGGUACAAUUAUGCCAUCAAAGUCUGCUGCCUGAAGUCAGAUAUGGACAUUCUUCCUUACGCAGAUAUGACUGAAAUAGGGGAAAGGGGCCUCAACCUCUCCGGCGGCCAGAAGCAGCGAAUCAGCUUAGCUCGGGCUGUGUAUGCCAACAGAGAUAUCUAUUUAUUGGACGAUCCGCUGUCGGCGGUGGAUGCGCAUGUUGGGAAGCAUAUUUUUGAAGAAUGCAUUAAAGUAGCCCUGCAAGGAAAAACUAUACUUCUUGUGACCCAUCAGCUUCAGUAUUUGGAAUUUUGUGACGAAAUCAUACUGCUAGAAGAUGGGGAGAUAUGCGAGAGCGGCUCCCACGCAGAACUGAUGGAAGCGAAAGGGCGCUAUGCUCAUCUCAUCCAAAAUCUGCAUGCAGAAGAAGCAACGGGUCCAAGCGAUUUCCUUGACUCACGUGCAGUGACAGGAACAGCAGAAGUAGUGCAGGAUAAUGUUCCAGAUGUCUCUUUCAAAGGAGUGGAAAACCCUGCUUUUGAUAUGUCUGAUGAGACCAGCGAGGAACCAAAGAAAGAACUUGAAAUAGAAAGAGAUACAGCUCCCGCAAACCAACUUGUUCAAGAAGAAGGACGGCAAGAAGGCUCCGUGACGUGGAAAACCUACCACACUUACAUCAAGGCCUCUGGAGGUUUCAUCCUGUGGUUCUUCCUCAUCCUCCUCUUUGGCCUCAUGAUUGGCUGUUCAGCUUUCAGCAACUGGUGGCUGAGUUACUGGCUGGAGCAGGGAUCUGGGGGUAAUUGUAGCUCUGUGCAAAACAUCACCUGCAGCGAAGGAAGCAUCACUGAUAACCCUCAACUGCACUUCUAUCAACUGGUCUAUGGGAUGAGCAUCAUCGGCAUGAUUAUCCUCAGCUUCAUCAAAGGCUUUGUGUUUACAAAGACAACGCUACGAGCUUCAUCGAAUCUACACAACACCGUCUUUUACAAGAUCUUACAGAGCCCUAUGAGUUUCUUUGACACGACUCCCACUGGCAGAGUAAUGAACCGUUUUUCAAAGGAUAUGGACGAACUGGAUGUGAGGCUUCCCUUUAAUGCUGAGAAUUUUCUGCAGCAGUUUUUCAUGGUGCUCUCGGUUGUCACCAUCGUUGCCAUUGUGUUUCCUUACCUCCUAAUUGUGGUGGCUGUCCUAACUGUGAUUUUCAUCCUGCUUUUCCAGAUUUUUCAGAACACUAUCCGAGAACUGAAACGAGUGGAAAACGCCAGCAGGUCCCCGUGGUUUUCUCUGAUCACCUCAUCUAUCCAAGGCCUUAGUACAAUCCAUGCCUACAAUAAGGUGGAAGACUAUAUGAGUCGCUUUAAGAUGUUGAAUGAUGAAAACUCCGGCCAUUUCAUACUUUUUAACUGUGCCUUAAGGUGGUUUGCAGUGAGGACAGAUAUCCUUAUGAAUGCCAUGACUUUGAUCGUCUCCCUCUUUGUUGUACUCAGCCCGCCUUCCAUCAGUGCUGCUGAAAAAGGCUUGGCUUUAUCGUACAUCAUCCAGCUAAGUGGACUUCUCCAAGUAUGUGUGAGAACAGGAACAGAGACAGAAGCCAAAUUCACUUCUGUGGAGCAGAUUACGGAAUAUAUAACGCAAUGUGUUCCUGAGGUCAAAGAGGGUACGAUGGUCAUGGUCCCUCCUGCAGAAUGGCCGGACAAAGGUGAAAUCGUGUUUAAGAACUACCAGAUGAGAUACCGAGAGAACAGCCCCAUUGUGCUUCAUGGCAUAAAUGUGACAAUCCAUGGCAAAGAAAAGAUUGGGAUUGUUGGCCGCACUGGCUCUGGGAAGUCAUCUUUGGGGUCUGCCCUAUUCCGACUAGUGGAACCAACUGCUGGUACCAUUCUCAUUGAUGGUGUCGAUAUCUGCACUAUCAGCCUGGAAUCGCUGCGGACGAAGCUGUCGGUGAUUCCUCAAGAUCCUGUUCUGUUUGUAGGUACAGUAAGGUACAACAUGGAUCCUUUUAAUGAACACACAGAUGAUCAGAUCUGGCAAGCUCUGCAAAGAACUUUUAUGAAAGGCACAGUCUCAAAGCUGCCAGGAAAGCUGGAAGCAAAGGUUGUGGAAAAUGGAGAAAACUUCUCCGUCGGGGAACGGCAGCUACUCUGCAUGGCAAGGGCUCUCCUUCAAAAUUCAAAAAUUAUACUUCUUGAUGAAGCCACCGCCUCCAUCGAUUCUGAGACAGACACGCAGAUUCAGCAGACCAUCCAGGAAGCUUUCGUGGACUGUACGGUCCUGACCAUUGCACAUCGGAUAAACACCAUCCAUGACAGUGACCGUGUUUUGGUGAUGGACAGUGGAAAGGUGGCGGAGUUUGGCAAACCGGAGGAGCUUGUUCAGAAUCCCAAUUCGGCCUAUGCCUCGCUCUUAGCCGCAGCGAACAAAGUCGAAGCCUAGGACAGGAUAAAUAUUUAUCGGUGCUUGCGUUUGUGGCUUUGGGGAAAUGAAGGCUCGAGAUGGAUGAGAAGGAGAUGAAGAAAAAAAGAAACUUGCUAAUAUCUAAAUCAUCAAAUCCCAUUUGUGAGGAAGUGUUGUAAGCUUUGCCAAAGGCCACGUCUGCCGGGAAAGUCAGAAGUUUUAAUAGAAUGCUGGCAAUUAAAAGCGAAGAACUGAAAUGAUGGAAACUAGAAAUACUCACGCGUGCCAAUAUAUGCACCAAAUUCAUGACUUGACAUGAUGAUUUUGUCAAGCAAAUUUGAAAGAGAGAGGUGCCAUUUGUAUUUCAGAUCCUUCCGCAUUCCCAGAAGAGCUGAAAAUGGCAUGUUCAGACACAAAUACAGACAAAGAUGUCAACGUCAACAGUGCAUCACCAUAACAGCUCCCAAUUCAGCACGAGUUAGGCACGAAUAAAUCCCAACAAAAAAUGAAUGGAAUGAAUUAGAUGCAAUUCCUUGACAUUUCUUGGAGUAGUAUUAAAAAUACUAGAUGGUUCAGUGGGAAAAAAAUAACAAUUUGGCAGCCACUUCGUAUUCAAUUAGGCUGUCUAAUCCCACUGACAUCUGUGGGAUUUGAAGAGUUUAACUGGAUGUAGGAUCAGCUUUUGUCUUUAACCUGCAUUUGGUGCAUGCAAUUGGCAUAUGCCACCGUGUUUCAGUAAAAGCAGCAGGGACUUCGGGACCAGAAAGUCCCUUGGAUUACAACUAAAGCUUUACAUUCCCUUUGGAAAUGAUAUGGGGGGAAAUACUUCUGUUUGUCUGGAUUGUGCCAAAUAAUUUUGUAUAUCCCAUGUGAACUGUUCUCCCAUGUGAUCUAAUUGUCUCUGUGUGUCAGAAGAAAGAAAUCAGAAACUCCAGUGGAGAAAACACAGCAAGCUAUUUUGAUCUGUUUGUGGUUUGUCAUCAAAAUAUGCAAUAAAGACUAUUGCCCGUU